AUGUUAGAAAAAAAGUUUGCUGACAUUGACAAGAAAUUUGAGAAUGUUUUAAACAAGAACAAGAGGAAGUUAGAAAAUGCUCAGAUAAAGCCUAUACAUGACAAGUUCUUAUUUGCUCAGAAUGGUAUAACAGGUCUAAUUGCACCACCUGGGUCGGGUAAGACUUUCACUUAUCUUAAAAUGGCUGCACAACAACAAGAACUAGAUGAGAAGAACCCAUUUUAUGAGUUAGUAGUCAUUUGUAGUACUUCUGGUCAAUUUGACCAAACCGUCAAUUCGUUCAAAGAUAUUAUAAAGAAGUCUAAGUUAGUAUGUAUAAAAGACUCUGAGUUGUUGGAUUGGAUAAAGAAGUACCAAAGAAGAGUUUUGA